UUUUUAAAUCACGUGGUUUAAAACGCGCUUUGUCGAAAAUGGAAGUGAAUGUGGAAAGCAGCUGAUAAAAUUCUGGAUUAAUUGUGGUGAUGUGAUGAAUACAGCAGGAAAAAGAAUAAAUGAAGUGGCAGAGCAACUCCUAUCAGAAGUGAAUACUGUGUACAGCAAAACAGGGAAAUUAAGUGAUGAACUUCUGUCAGCGUUGAAUUUUGUGUUCCAAGCUCCACUUCUUCCAGCUUUGGAUAUAAUAGACCACAGAAAUGUGACUACCAUCUCUGGUCCAAGUGGACGAAAAGUUUAUCAGGUGCUGGGGACAUCAGGUACCCCCUAUAUCUGCCUGCCGUCCACUACCUACUGCUCCUGCCCUGCUUACAGAUACUCAGUUUUACUUAAAGAUGAUCAUAUAAUGUGUAAACAUGUGCUAGCAAUAAAACUUGCAGAGGCCAUGAACUUAUGUAAAUCUCAACAAGUAUCAGACCAGGAGAUGACCAAUCUCAUCAAGAACUUGGAAUGAGUAACAACCAGGAUUGAAAAUAACAAUCAGGAAUAAAAAACAACCAUGCUCAGCUUACUUCUGAUAAGGAGGGCUUGCACAUUAGUACAUGUAUAUAUAUUCACAGCUGUGAAGCAAUAAUUUUGUUGUUGAAAGUUGCUUUUUGUGCCAUUUAUUUUCUGUUAUUUAAUUAGCUUUACUUAAUGUUUUCAUUAAAGGGAUCAGAAUCACAUUUGUUAGUUUAUAACUU